AUGACACGAUAUGUCAAGUCCACGUCCGAAGUCCUGCGAUUGUACCGCGAGAUUCUUCGGACAGCGCGGAGAUUCCAGUGGCCGAAUGAGCAAGGGCAAUCUUGGGCCAAGAUCUUGCAAGCCAAUGCCCGCAUGGAGAUCGAACAAUCUCGACACGACACGGACUCGGAACUGAUUGCUCGCAAGGUCUUGGCAGGCUGGGAAUGCUUGCAGCAAGUCCAGGAAAAGAUGGCCGACAAAGCUCGGUCUUUGCACGACCAGCAGCAACAGCCAGAGAAAUAAGAUCGUAAUCGACGUUUAACGCGGGAAUGCAUGGUCAGUAUAACUACCGGUGGCAGCCCGCCUCUUAAAUCAACCACGUGUCAAAUCACCUUUACCGUGCAAUCUGCCACGUUCAAUUCUCAAAAUGGCACUUCUUUGCAUUUAAGCAAACAUGGCCAUCAGACCAGACAGUUGCUACGGCAUGGCUUGGUAGUGGUCGCCCGCUGCUGCCU